AUGACCCCCACGCUGGAGGUUGCUGCCGGCGCCGGGCGAGCGCGAUGGCCCCGCUCGAGCGCGGCGAAGAGGGCUGCGUGCUUGCUGGCUGCGGCGUAUGGGCUGAAAAUCCUCUGCCCGCUCGUCUGCAGGCGGCUCAGGCAGGCAGGCUGCAAGGAGGACUUGCGGCAGGUCGCCAACAGCGGCAGGAGCCGCGCUGCGGGAGGGGAUCUCCCGAAGGAGGCGGCGGCGGCGGCGGCGGCGCUGCUGCACUGCCCGGAGCUGCCGUCGGGCCGAGCCUCGCCGGCGGCCAAUGCGGAAUUUUUCCGGCAGCUGCUGGAGCUCCGCAAGAUCCUCUUCCCCAAGCUGGUGAGCCCCGAGAGCGGCUGGCUGUGCCUGCACUCGGUGGCGCUGGUCUCGCGGACCUUCCUGUCCAUCUACGUGGCCGGCCUGGACGGCAAGAUCGUGAAGAGCAUCGUGGAGAAGCAGCCGCGGCGCUUCGCCUGGAAGCUGAUCAAGUGGCUCAUGAUCGCCAUCCCGGCCACGUUCGUCAACAGCGCCAUCCGCUACCUGGAGUGCAAGCUGGCCCUGGCUUUCCGCACCCGCCUGGUGGAUCACGCCUACGAGACCUAUUUCGCCCACCAGACGUACUACAAGGUGAUCAACAUGGACAGCAGGCUGGCCAACCCCGACCAAUCCCUGACCGAGGACAUCAUGAUGUUCUCGCAGUCGGUGGCGCACCUCUACUCCAACCUGACCAAACCCAUCCUGGACGUGGUGCUCACUUCUUACACCCUCAUCCAGACGGCCCGGUCCAGGGGGGCCAGCCCCAUCGGACCCACGCUCUUGGCCGGCCUGGUGGUGUACGCCACCGCCAAGGUGCUGAAAGCCUGCUCGCCCAAGUUCGGCAAGCUGGUGGCGGAGGAGGCCCAUCGGAAGGGCUACCUGCGUUAUGUCCACUCGCGGAUUAUAGCCAACGUGGAAGAGAUCGCCUUCUAUAGAGGGCACAAGGUAGAAAUGAAUCAACUCCAGAAAAGUUACAAAGCUCUGGCAGAACAAAUGAACCUCAUUUUGUCCAAACGCUUGUGGUAUAUCAUGCUCGAGCAGUUCCUGAUGAAAUACGUCUGGAGUAGCAGCGGUUUGAUUAUGGUGGCUGUACCUAUCAUCACUGCGACAGGAUUUGCAGAUGGCGAAUUAGAAGAUGGUCAGAAACAAGCGAUGGUCAGUGAGCGAACGGAAACCUUCACUACUUCACGAAAUCUAUUGGCAUCUGGAGCGGACGCCAUUGAAAGGAUUAUGUCUUCUUACAAAGAGGUCACAGAGUUAGCAGGCUACACAGCUCGCGUGUACAAUAUGUUGGCCGUCUUUGAUGAAGUGAAGAGGGGCAUUUACAAGAGGGCAGCUGUUUCUCAAGAAUGUGAAAGCAACAAGAAGAGGGAGAAAACAGAACGACAUAUUGAGGGCCCCUUAGAAAUCAAGGGAAGAGUGAUAGAUGUUGAUCAUGGAAUUAUCUGUGAAAGUGUUCCUAUUAUUACCCCAAACGGAGAUGUGGUGGUUUCCAGGCUAAACUUCAAAGUUGAGGAGGGAAUGCAUCUUCUCAUCACUGGACCCAAUGGUUGUGGAAAGAGUUCUCUCUUCAGAAUUCUAAGCGGCUUGUGGCCUGUCUAUGAAGGACUUCUCUACAAACCACCUCCUCAGCACAUGUUCUACAUUCCGCAAAGGCCUUACAUGUCCAUUGGAACAUUGCGGGAUCAGGUCAUCUAUCCUGACUCAGUGGAUGACAUGCACGAAAAGGGGUACCAAGACCAGGACCUUGAGUGUAUCCUGCAGAUAGUUCAUUUGAAUCACAUAGUUCAGAGAGAAGGAGGAUGGGAUGCUGUGACAGACUGGAAAGACGUCCUGUCUGGAGGAGAAAAGCAGAGGAUGGGCAUGGCUCGAAUGUUUUACCACAAGCCCAAAUAUGCAUUGCUGGAUGAAUGUACAAGUGCUGUCAGCAUUGAUGUCGAAGGAAAGAUAUUCCAGGCUGCAAAAGGAGCUGGCAUAUCCUUGCUUUCAAUAACUCACAGACCAUCUCUUUGGAAGUACCACACACACUUGCUACAGUUUGAUGGGGAAGGAGGCUGGCGCUUUGAACAGUUGGACACUGCUAUCCGCUUAACCCUCAGUGAGGAAAAACAGAGACUAGAAUCCCAGCUUGCAGGAAUGCCAAAAAUGCAACAGAGACUGAAUGAACUUUGCAAAAUCUUAGGGGAAGACUCCGUGCUUAAAACAAUGGAUAAAGAGGAAUAAAUGUUUUAGUUUAUAUUCCGACACACACACCCCAUUUUUUUUUUUAAGUUUCCAAUGCACUUUGAUUUCUGAGACACUACGGUUUGCAUGUUCUGUGAUUAGCUUAGAGUGUAAGGAAACAUAAUUGGCAGCCAACUAAAUGCUUCAGAAAGCCUUCAGCCUUGUAGUGUUAAGGAAGAAAGUAGUCAAACGCAUGCUGCGGCGAAAUUUCAGUGAGGGUUCAUUUUCAGUAGGACAAACUGGGUUCUUGAAGGGGUGCUACAAGCCUGUUGCAAAACCUCCUACUUCGUGAUCUUCCACUUUGUUCAUGCCUGUUCCCACUCCUGAUACGCAGCUGCUUUGAUGCCAACUUUAGAACUUCUUUGUGAUUCACUUUGUGGUCCCGAACAGUCAGGGAUCACAUGGUGAAUACUGUGACGUUACAACACUCCAGAGCAAAUCAGAGCUGGACACAUGGCUGAGCACAAACAGAGCCCUCCCAUCACCCUGACUCUAAAUGUGGGGAAGACGGAACAUAUUUACUGGGCUCAAGCUCCCUAGAUUUAUUGCUUGCCAGCUCUG